AGGGGAAUAGUUCCGCGUGGUGUGGUGGGGAAUGUUAGAGAUGGUCGUGGGGUUCGAUAACGCACGCCUGCCUUGUCUAAUUACUUUUACUUGUAUCUGCUCAUAUUUACUGGUAGAAGGAGAAGAGCCGUACGGAGCAGCAUAGAACACGAGCUCGGGGCAGUAGGCACGAGGAAGGUCGUCUGUGAGAAACGAAGGAUGGCCUGCUCGGGAACGCCGGUCACGACGCUUACAGUCUCCCUCGUUUAUCUUCUGACACUUUUCGGUUCCUACUGUCAAAUGGCCCCAGCCAUGGCUGGUGCUACCAGAGGUUGGGAACUGGCAAGCGGAUUGAAAUAUAAACUAACGACGACGUUGCUGUUUAGCGAGGCAGCGCCGUCGAAAUCCAGCGGGGACGUUGGCUUUCGAUUAACCGGCGAAUUGGACGUAACCGCCGUUUGGCAGAAACCGGAUGAUCCGAGUAGCUUUUUGCUGAAAAUCGAGCUCCUGCAACCACAACUGUGGAUCAAAUCACGAAGUGCUUCGGAACUGGAAGGAUUCGUCGAACACUCCUCCAGAAUAAACGCCGUUGCACAGAGACCUUUGCUGAUAUUUUGGAGAAACGGCAACGUAAAUUCCAUCUUCAUGGAUACCGCAGAGAGCGUCUCUUCAGCAAACCUCAAACGUGGCCUAGCUAGUUUAUUCCAAUAUACGGUGUUCGAUAACGACGUCGAGGAACGAGACGCUUCCGGUCUCUGCAAAGUAACGUACCAUUCUCUGGGUCCGAGGACAAUGGGAAAGCGAAAAAUAUCCUGCAAGCAAAAUAUUCUACCACCAAAGAAACGGCAUUCGAAUCCAUUGUUCGGCGUGAAGCUUACGAGUACUCGUAAUUCAACCUACGAGUUCACGGAACAGCUUUUGCCUAGCUCGAUUCGUGACGAGGAGAGUCAUCGAAUGGCACUUACCGCCAGACCGGAAGUGGGCGCCAUCGUCACAUCGGAGAGGAUACUCAAGCUGCUUCCUGGCACGCUCAGCGCAAAAACCGUGCAGGCUGAUACCUUGAAUCAAGCUCUCGCUGCUAUGCAACCUGGAUACAGAGAAACGAGUAUCGAGCUGCAAUUGGAACCGUCCUCGUGCCCCGACUACGGAUGCCCGACGAUCGAACAAACGAUCGAAGAGUACCGCAGUGCCCUGGAGAACAACGCUUUGGGUACUGGAAAAUCUGCUUCGGCGUUCCUCAAGUUACUACCUCUAGUCAGAUCAGCCUCUCCGGAUGAACUGCAGAAGCUUCUAAAAAGUCCACGAUAUCGUCAAAUAAAACCUCAACUAUUAGACAUCUUUGGCGCCGCCUCGACCAUAGCAGGACAUCAAGCGGUCAUGAAAAUUCUUCGACAAGACGAAAUAGGAAACGAGACCGAAAGAUAUCUUUGGGCUCUGUCUCUGUCUCCAACGCCGAAUGCAGAUAUCGCCAAAAAUAUUCUGAGACGAUCGGAAGAAACCAAUCCAAACGAUAAAGUGUCAGAAACGAUAGCUUUAACCGCAGCAGCGAUGGCACGUCAUUUGGAGUCUCCAGCUAUGAUCGAGAAAGCAAGAAUCAGUUUGGAAAUCGGUCUCGAUACUUGCACGGGGGAAGAGUGCAAGCUCAAAUUCCUCAGGGCUCUAAGAAAUUUAAGAACCAAGGCUGCGAUCCCGACGUUGUUAAAAUUUGCAACGAACGAGAAUAAAGCACUCAAUGUCGCUGCUUGGAAGGCCCUGUCGGCGCUACCCAGAGAUUCGCUGACGCCUGAAGUAAAAAAGGUAGCCAAACGAGUCUUUUACGAAAUAGGUGGACCAAAGAGAGACAGUAGCUCUAGGACUAUAGCCUUGGAUAUUAUUCUUGAAACGAAUCCAUCGAAGGAAGAUAUCAGACACUUGGUAGAGUAUUUAGCGAACACAGAUCUUGAUUACGAGGUCCGGAAGUAUCUCAGUCAACGAUUGGAACAACUCUCUGAUAAGGAUCUUCGAUUUGCCAAAGAUCUGAACGAAGUUUUGAGCACGUGUGGAAAGGAUAUCGUUAAUUACAACGUGUAUUCCCAGAAAGGUCUUAGCACAGCGUUCACGAGAAACUUUCUAAGGUCAAUAGAUAGUAACGGAUCAUUGGUAACUAUUCAAGAGAUUCACUCAGGUUUGAUGAAGCGUGGAAUAGUCGACGUAGUUCUCCAAGUUGAAGAGCACGAAGAGGCGUUAUUCUCUCUUGGCCUAUUCGCGGGAGGCCUAGGAAGCUUCGUUUCGACUUCCAGUCAGGAAAAUGACGUUCAGGAUGUCGAACCACCUACCGCAGGAAUGGAGCUCGAUUUCCUAGGUGUUGGUAUCAGGCCAUUCGUCUUCUUCUCUGGCCAAGGGGAACUUAUGGGUCACGUCUGGUCCGGAUCAGCGUCCGAACGAACUCCAGCCUUCCAGGCUUUAGCUACUCUCCAUAACUACAACGAAUACAUUCCAUUGGCCUCGGGAAUCAUAGCCGAAGUCGACGUCCAAGGUGCGGUUAGCUUCGAUUUAGGUGGACAAAUUCAACUGAGCCUAUGGUCCAGAAACGCUCAGUCACUGGUGGAUCUGAAGGCUGGAAUUAUGAUCCAGGGAGGAACGAAAGUGCGUUCCGACUUUGUGCAGAGCAUGGCUGAGUUCUCCAUGUCGAUGGAACCGAAAUUGGAGUUGGCCACCGACGUAGACUUUUCCGGACCGGUAUCUCUGUGCAUGAGACUUAGCCAACCAGAGAACGUGGUGAAGUAUCAGGUAUAUAAGGUUGAAAGGGUAGCUGGAAGUAGGCACAAAUUGAGAAAAACCAGGAGGAUGAGAUUGCAUAAUCCUGGAAGGUCUUAUCUGUUGAACAGAAAGAAUAACGAGAUGUGCUCGAUGGUGUUCAGUUAAUCGAUGAAGACUGUUCGGGUUUGACAUAGAACUUUAUAGAAUUUACGAAGACAGUUUUUAUCGAAGAUGUUACUUUCUUCUUUUUCCAAUCGUGUCUCGUGCAAUGCGUCGAGGAAAGGGAAUCGCGCGUGCUGCACGAAGAGGAACUGUAUAGGUAUAUUUUUGUUGUAAUUUUGUAUUUUGUAAUUACAUUUUUUCUAUUUUGUUAUAAUUUAUAUAAUUUAUGUACUCGGUACAUCUAUGAUUUACGGGAAAAAAGAAAUUUUAUUCCGAUGAAAAUUGCGCGAACUCGUUCCACUUUUAUCAACGCUAUUUGAUUUGCGAUCCAUUUUGAUUCAAUUUUUUAUGGUUGAAUGACCCUUAAUAAUCGAAUUAUCUCAUAGCCUUUUACAUACGUGCUUUGCAUAUUUAAAUGAUACGCUAAGCGUAGAAGCUAUAACGGUUCUCAUCAAUUUUAAUCAAAAUAUCUACGAGUACGCAAAAUAUUACUUCAAAAUCGAUAUUAACAAGCGAAGAAAUGUAAUACAUUGUAGAGAGUUAAAAGUAUAUCGAGUUACUUAUUUUUUGAUGAAUUUAUAAUUUAUGAAACUUAAUGUAAUGCAUGUUUUAUACAAGGAAUAUUUUUAUUCAGAUAUUGCUAGUUCAGAGAAUAUCGUAUGUUGAAAGAUAUUAUAUUUUAUGAUAUAUAUAGGGAGAAGUGGAAGAAGGCAGAUCUAGGAUUUAUAUCGAUAUAUUGUAUUGAAGAGAAAUGAACAUCAGAAAGUUUAUACAUUUUCUAAAUUAAAUGGAGAAAUUUUAAUUUA